AAUCAAAUUUUAAAUCAAUUAUUUUUAAUUAUUGGUUUAUAUUUUGUAGUUUCACAGGCGGCCCAUAUGAAUAUAAUUCAGGAAGGUGCCGAAGUUCGAUCAUAUAAUAAGGAUAUUGUGGAAGAUGUUAAAUUUUAUGUGGAACGAAUUAAUAAAACAAUGGUGACGUUAAAUUAUAAUAUGAGUCCGAAAAAAGAUUUGGUCGAUACGCAUAUGUAUAUUAAAUACGAUGGAUGGACCGAUGGAAAAUGGGUGCGGAAUGAAGUGAUCGAUUUUGAUUUCCCAUUUUGUGAUAUGUAUACCGAUGGUGAUUUAAAUAUUUUUAAACCAUGUAUGACAGAUGGUGUCCGAGGAAAUUUCCCCGAAGAAUGUCCAAAUGAUGGCACGACACUUUUAAAACAAACUUAUUUCAUAAAAGAAUGUUAUUUGGAUGAAAGUGUAAGUUUACAAUUGUUCCUACCUGGUCGUUGGAGGGUUAAUGUUGAUUUCUUUACGGGAGAUGGUGUAGAAAUUUGUCAUUUAUAUUUGUAUAUGAAUUGUAUUGAAAUUCCAUAA